AUGUCCUCAGUCCUUGGCUUCCUCCGCCGUAAUUGGCAGGCCUACUCUCCCCCGGAACCACCAAAGAACACCAACCCUAUCAAGUUCGGAAUUCUUGGUGCAGCAAAUAUUGCUGCAAACGCUUUGAUCGCUCCAGCGAAAUCUCACCCGGAUGUUAAGAUCCAUGCUGUAGCGGCUCCAAUCCUCGAUGACCCCUCCAUCGAUGCUGUAUAUAUCCCCCUUGUCGCUGGCUUACACUACGAAUGGGCAAUCAAAGCAAUCGCUAAAGGAAAGCAUGUACUACUUGAAAAGCCAGCCACAGUCAAUGCAGCCGAGGCGGAGAUGCUAUUCCGGUCGCCACUGCUACGACAGCCCAAUGCACCUGUUCUUCUCGAAGCAAUGCACUUUCGCUUCCAGCCGAGUUGGCAAUACUUCCUCAGCUUGGUUGACCAUGAGAACAUACAAACUGUCGACUCUGUCGCAGAGUUACCAUCGUAUAUCAUACCCAAGGGAAACUCACAGCUCGAGUAUAACUUAGGUGGCGGGACUAUGCUUCAUCUGGGCACAUAUCCUAUGUAUGCACUGCGUCAGAUCAUGGGUGAUGAGCCUAAGGAAUGUGUUACGUGCAGAAUUAGGAGUACUCCUCCUCCCGUCGAUCUCUCCGACGAAUCUACUGAGGUCCGUUUUCGCUUUCAUGGUGGACGGAUUGGAAAUGCUGUAAUCAAUGCGCGAGCAUCAGUUACCACUUUGCCAACAUUCAACAUAUUGGUGUGUCAUAAGGAAAUCAAGUUGGAGGACAUGACACUUCCGAAAGGACAGACUAAGUGGACGCGCAGGAAGCUAAGCAUCAGCAACUUCCUUAUAUCAUCCUUUUGGCACCGCAUUGAUAUCGUGGACGAGUAUACCAUUCGGGACGAGACGAAUGAGAAAGACUUGAAGAAAUGGACAGUCAAGCAGUCCAAGAAGGUCUAUACGUUUAAAGACGCCAAUGUCGACCAGCCGAGUGAGCCAUUUUGGUCAUCAUUUCGCCAUCAGCUGGAGCAGUUCGUGAAUCGUGUUCGCGGAAAACAGGGAUCUGGACUCUGGGUUGACCAAGAGGACAGCAUUGCACAGGCGAGAAUGAUCGACAUGGCUUAUGAGAAAUCUGGACUGCCGUUGCGGCCAACAAGCAAGUUUAGACUGGAAAUAUCUACGGGCAAUUUAUUGGGUUGAAGUUUUUGGCGGUGAAGGCGGCUUGCUCGGGCUUGAGCUGAACCAGUCUUGGAGACUUGGAAUGCUCACAGCAGCCACCUUAGACACAAACGGAGCAACGGCUCCGCCAACGAUGUCUCAGAAAUGUCUUGCGAGAUAUGCUUAACCCUAAAUGGUGAGGCUGAAUCACCGAAUAAGUGCGUGGGUAUUUAUUUCGCCCUAUUAACUGAUUAAACUUGUUUAUGAUUAAGAAAAUUUAUCCCUAUUAUGUUCCCUGCAUCAUGCACUCCAAAAAGGACGAUCG